AUGUCUGCAAGCGCAACCAACGCAGAGGCGCUCGUGCCCAAGUUCAGGUUCGAGCGCCUGCUAAACCAAGACCAAGCCGGCCGCCGGAGCUCUCUAUAUGGCACGAUAGACUCGCAACCCGCCCUGCUGGUGCUUGAACGGGCGCCCUUCCCGGCGUCGGCCGACUACCUCGGCUCGGUCUCGGGCAGCCUCCGCGCGCUCAAGAACCUCGGCGCCAACGACAUCUACCACUGGUACCUCGCCAACGGCGGGCCGAUCGACCGCCCCGAGGGCGACGGCGACGGCGACGACCCGUUCGCCGACCUGAAGAUCAACCUGAUCUACCCGUGCACCGAGCAGCACGUCAAGAAGUACAGCAGGCAGGGUGUCCGCUUCGUGACCGAGACGCCCGCCAUCUACCGGGACCACGUGCGGCCGUUUAUGCAGGCCCGGCGGGAGGCCGGGCGGCUGAACUGGGUGUUCAACAUCAUCGAGGGGCGCAAGGAGCAGGAGGACGUCAUCUACCGCACGCCGUUCGGCGAGGACCCGGCCGACGAGGGGUUCCUGCUGCUCCCGGACCUGAACUGGGACCGCAAGACGCUGGACGCGCUGCACCUGCUGGGCAUCGUGGAGCGGCGGGACAUAUGGAGCCUGCGGGACCUGCGAAAGAGGCACGUCCCCUGGCUGCGGCACAUGAGGGCCAAGUUCGUCGAGGCCACCACAAAGGUGUACCCCGCCGUCGAGGAGGACCAGCUGAAGCUGUAUGUCCACUACCAGCCGACGUACUACCACUUCCACAUCCACAUUGUGCACGUUCAGCUGGAGGCGGGCGCGACGCAGGCGACGGGAAAGGCGAUCGGGCUGGACAGCAUCAUAGAGCGGCUCAGGGUCAUGCAGGGGGAUGAGGAUGCGGGUAUGGAUGGCGUUUCAUUAGGAUAUACACUGGGCGAGGCUAGCGAGCUGUGGACAGAGGUCUUCGAGCCACUCAAGAGGACCGGUACAGCUUCUCAAUCGCGAUGA